UGAACACUGAACAAUUUGACGUUUUUUCCUUCCGGGUAGCCAUAUUUGAAGUUGACAAAGAUUAGAAAAUGGAGAAAGUUAAGUGUGAACCAUGCAAAAUUCGGGACAGAAAUAACGUUUCCAUUCAUUGGUGUGUAAUUUGUGAAGAGGCUCUAUGUUCAGACUGCACAGAAAACCAUCGAUCCAUGAAAAUGCUUCGGCAUCAUGAACUCAUAGAUAUCAGUAAAAUGCCGGCUCACACACUUAUCGUAGAACAUUCCUGUUUGAAACACGGUAAAAUGCCAUUUGAGUAUUUUUGUAUCGAUCAUGAUGUUUUAUCUUGCAAAGAAUGUCUAGCAGAAAACCAUCGCUCUUGCCAGAAGGUGAUGUCUGUGGAUAUAGCAUGUAAAGGUGCAAAGCAGUCCCAGUCAUUUAUAGAUGCCACGGAACUUGUAGACCAUGUUUUAGAAACCACACAUACAAUUGGUAAAGACGAAAAGAGUUGUAUUGAAAAUGUCGUAAAGGAAGUUAAGUCAGUCAAAACGGCUGUAAAGAUAGUAAAAGAAGACGCAAUUAGGCAUAUUGAAGCUCUUGAAAAGUCUUUACUUCAUGAUCUAGAUCUAAAAAAAGAUGAAAUAAUACAGAAAUCGAAGACAACAAUUAAUGAAACAGAAGAUAUCGAAAAAAAGACAAAAGACAAAAAAGAUAUAUUUGAUCUUGUAGACAAACAUGGUUCUGAAAAGCAAGCGUUUAUUGCUGCUCACGCGUACAAACAAGAUCUCACAGAUUUGGAGAAAAGAGUAGCUGGUAUCACAGAAAAGUUAACCAGAUUUAGAAUAAGUCUAAAUCCUGAGAAGUCACUGGAAUCUAUAAAGUCUCUCGGGUCAAUAGAACUAAGCGAAAUUCAGUCUGCCGUAAAAUUUGUUCAGAAGAAAAAAUGUCAAUCCCAAAUGCCAAUUGUUCAACCUCAUAGUUUGCCAAACUUUGUUUUUAAACGAGAUUUAGACAUAAAGAACGCAGCAAUUUACGGAAUGACAAUAAAUGAUAAUAACGAAGUCAUCUUAGUUGACAACAAUCAAUGUGGUAGAAUAUUGGUAUAUGACGUCAAUGAUAAUUACAAGUUUCAAAUUGAUACCAAACACCAACCUUGGGAUAUUGCUCUAAUCCCUGGAAAAAACAUAGGUGUUCUGACAUCUGAACAAGAAGAAGUCUUACAGUUUGUUGCUUUUGAUCAGAAGAAAAUUUCUAGAACAGUGUCAGUAAAGGAAAGUAAUCGAGGAGGAGUUGCUGCGACACAUAAAAACAUAUUUGCUGGAACCAAAGGGAACAUUAACAUUCUGGAUCUUGAGGGAAGAUUUAUUCGGUCAGUAAAAACCAAAAAUAAGAAUGAGACACCUUGGUUUAUUUCUCUGGAUAAAUCUGGAAAUAUCUUUUACACUGAAAGAACGGUUAUGGGUUGUAUAAGAAACGAUGGUACAUUUGUUUAUACAUACUCCACACCUAAUAAAGAUAGUAUGUGGAAGAUAGCAGUUGACAACAAUGGUUACGUUUACAUUGUUGUUUUUCAAAACGGUAUUUGUAGACUGAAGCCAGAUGGUACAUUUCUGGACAUCGUAAUAAAGGAUGAACAUGUUUUUCAAUAUGUUGGAAUUUGCUUUACCAGUAAUUUCUCAAAAAUGAUUCUUUCGCAAGGCAAUAGCAUGGUAUCUGUGUUUGGUCAGAAUUAAAACAAAGUAUGCUUUUGUACAUUUUAUGUUGAGAGAAAAGCUUGGAUUUUUUAAACAGUAUCAUAUGCAUUUUGGGGAAGAUCAACAGGUUUUCGGGAUACAGGAUCGUACAGAGACAUUUGUAUAACGAAGACAACAGCAUACCAUUUUCAUCAGAUUAAAUACAAACUUUUCUCGUCAAAGAAUAAAGAUGCCGGAAACUAUGUGUUUUUCAAGUCUGAUCAACUGUCUUUAUUUUAUGUUCGUUUUAUUAUGCAUAUAUUACACACUAAAAUUCGAUAUCAAUUAUUAAUACGUGUUUAUUUGCUUUGUCAAUCUGCAAUAUGCACGAUUUGUUUUGCUACACGAUGUUCCUUUUGCCGAUUGAGCUAGAUUCAUACUGUCGAUCAGACCAACUCGAUCAAUCCCGUUCAAGACAGAUUAAGCGAUCGGGAGACUGGCCUAACUCAAUCGACGAGAAUAUUCGGGGUGGUCUACCUUAGUCGUCAUCGAUCUGACUUUCUACCCGAGAGUUUUUGACCCGUCAAAAAUAAUCGAGUAAGGAUCGAGAAGAAAGUUACUAGAGAAGAGAUCAAGAAUACGUCGGGUAGUGGUCGAAUUGAUCGGGAAGGGAUCGUGUAGAGGUCAAGUUUGGUAGGAAUACAAAUAUUUUACCGAUCAAUACUCGAUCAUCUCGACCUUUGCUCGACUAAUAUCCGACCAUUUCCCGAUCAACGCCAACCUGUUUGAUAUGUUGUUCAGAUUGACUCGAUAAUGCCCGAUCGCUUCAUGAUCACUGCGACUUCUAUAUUUUUCCUAUCCCAGACCAACUCAACCAAUACCCGAUCUCUACACGACCAAAUUCAACCACUCUUCGAUCUCUACUCGGCCAUACACGAGUUCAUAUGACCCCUACACGAUUCUCUAAUAUUGUUUGUAGAUCUGAUUGACUCUUAUAAAUUUGCUUCCGCAAAUACAAAUUGUCACUACUUAUUUUUAACAGUACACAAAUUUCUCCAUGUACGGUACGUGUCUAUACUUUUUCAAGGAGGGAUGAAAUUUUAAAAGAGAGCAAAAGAGGAUUGUUCAUAUAUGAAAUUAAUUGUGAAUUAAAAUUCAUUAUUACA